GGGCGGUGGGGAUCCGGCUGGAACCGGUUGGGCCGCGUCCGGCUCUAUAUAAAACUUUAUAAACACCCGAUUCAAAUUAGUGGGGUCGGGAGCCAGCGCAGCCAGCCGGGAGGCAGCCCCGCCGCCCGCCGCCGCCGCCGCGCCUCCCGCCCUCCUCCCCCGCUCCGCCGCCGCUCCCCCGCCCCCCGCCGCCCGCUCCCCUCACGCACAGCGCCCGCACGGAGCCAUGCCGAAGAGAAAGGCUGAAGGAGAUACCAAGGGCGAUAAGGCCAAAGUUAAGGAUGAGCCACAACGAAGAUCAGCAAGGUUAUCUGCUAAACCUGCUCCUCCGAAGCCAGAGCCUAAACCUAAAAAGGCAGCUCCAAAGAAGAGCGAGAAGUUGCCCAAGGGAAAGAAGGGGAAAGCUGAUGCUGGCAAGGAGGGAAACAACCCUGCAGAAAACGGAGAUGCCAAAACAGACCAGGCACAGAAAGCUGAAGGUGCUGGUGAAGCCAAGUAAAAUGUGUGAAUUUUUGAUAACUGUGUACUUCUGGUGACUGUACAGUUUGAAAUACUAUUUUUUAUCAAGUUUUAUAACAAUGCAGAAUUUUGUUUUACUUUUUUUUAAGCUAUGUUGUUAGCACACAGACCGCUUCGUUGUUGUGUUUUGAGGGGGGGCAGUGGGGACAAAUGUCACUUAGUCUAUUUCUUGGAAUCUGAAUUUUAAUAAGAAAAGUUUUCCCAAUCCCCCAGUUUUUGGAAGAAGGGCUCUUGCCUAAUAGAGGAGGAAGGGAUUCCUUUUAAGUUCUGUGAAGUGCAUCCUGAGCGAAUAUCGAAGGUCCCGAGACGCCUGUUGCCGACUUCAGAACCGCUGUUUGCAAUGCCCUCUGUAUUUCCUUUCGCGUUCUCGUCGCUUGCCCAGAGCCUGUCACUCCAAAGUAUGGCAAAACCCAGCGUUUCGGGACUUAAAACUCUGCGUUGUCAGGUGAUCCCAACUUCUGGUGUCUAAUUUGGGAUGUAAUGGCUGUAAAAGGAGCUCUGCUUCCUCUUUUAUAUUGUGGAUCUUCAGAUGAGAAACCUGCAUUUUUAAGUAUUUUUUUUUUUUUCCUCUAAAAGUCAGGGUAGAUUUAUGGAGAGUUGUUAAACAACAUGCGAAAUGUGAAAGUGUCCACCCUCACUCUAAACUUUUCCCUCUACAAGUAUGAGAUGAAGAUUCUUCAGUUUUAUAGCAACUUUUACGUUUUGGUAGUCCAUGAAGGGAGGGGAGUUCAACAGUUGUUGUAAAAUGUUGCAGAUUGUAGCCCAUGUCCUGCCUAAAUUACCAUGAUUGUUUAUGAAAAGUACCUUUAAUAAAGCUGGAUACGGUUUGGCUUGGACUGUU